AUGGAUGACCUAUUGAAAGCAGUCGACAAUGAAGAACAAGCAAUUAUGAAAGCGAAACUCAUCCGCGAUGGACUAGCAGAAGGAGAUUUUCAUCUAACAAAUUGGAUCUCGAACUCCCCGGAAUUCAUCAAAGCGUUGCAACCAGAGCAGGCAGUAGCAGCAGCACAUCAUGAUUUAGCGUCGGAUGACGUCGAAAAGCUACUGGGAGCCUUCUACGAGCCAACGACAGACGAGAUGACGUACCGAGUGACUGGAGUCGAAGAUCUUAAAUGGACGCGCGCUGGAUUGCUGAGCAAGGUGGCGAGUAUCUACGACCCCCUAGGACGAGCAGCACCAGCGCUGAUAAAAGCAAAAAUUAAAUUGCGUGAGCUAGGUACCAGAGGACUAAACUGGAACGAAGCCAUCAGUGGUGACGACAAGGAGUGGUGGCAAACCUGGUUCAAGACGCUGGAGAGACUCAACGACCUUUCGAUGCCACGAAAUUUGCAGCCGGACAAAGGAAAAAUCAUCCAGAGCGAUCUUCUAACCUUUGGAGAUGCAUCUGAAGAGGCCUAUGCAGCAGCCGUAUAUCUACGCAGUGUCUACCAGGAUGGCACAUCAAUAUGCAGAUUGGUGAUGGCCAAAACCAAAUUGGCCCCUCGGCAGACACAGUCGAUUCCAAAAUUGGAGCUGAACGCAGCAGUGCUAGGCGCUCGACUGGCCACAUACGUUGCAGACGCGCUACAAAUCUCUGGACUCAACAGGAUUUUCUUCACUGAUUCCAGUACUACCAGAAACUGGAUACGAGCCGUCGCUUCACAUUACAUGCCGUUCGUCAGCCACAGAAUCGGAGAGAUUCAAUCUCUCACCAACGCUAACGAGUGGCGCUUCAUUCCCGGAAAAAUGAACAUAGCAGAUGCUGCGACGCGGUCCUUAUUGACAGACGGAGAGCCGAUUCCACCAAGAUGGCUGGAAGGACCAUCUUUCAUCGCCUUACCAAUGGAGCAAUGGCCGAAGGAUUUGCCUUGGGUGGCAGUAGCAGCAGAGAAAAGAACUGCCCACAUCCACCACGCAAUUUCUGAGCCCCCCCUUCAUGAUUGGGCAAAGGUGAUCAUCGAUUCGAAGAACAUCUCAACAUUCCUGAAGGUGGAAGGAGAUACCAAGGAGAUUAUUUUAAAGUGCCAAAAGGAAGGAUUCCGUGAAGAAAUCAGUUUAUUGUCAAAGGGCAAGCAAAUCUCAAAGAAGUCAAGCCUCAUUCAAUUAACUCCUUUCUUAGACAAAAAUGGAAUUCUCCGACUGGGUGGACGGAUCCACCGCGCAAAGCUACCAUAUGAGAUUCUACACCCUCCAAUUCUGCCCGGAAAGCACCCAUUUGCAGAAAAGAUAGUGACAGCAGUGCAUCAAGAGUCGCAUCACGCAGGCACUGACUUUCUCCAUGCCAAAAUUCGGCAACAUUUUUGGAUCCUGCAAGGACGAGAGCUGGCAAAGAAGAUCCGCUUCAACUGUGCCGUCUGUGUGAAAUCGCGUGCCAAACUCGCCACGCAAAAGAUGGGUGAUUUGCCAUCGGCUCGUCUCGAUUCUUACACGGCACCAUUCACGCACAUAGCUCUGGAUUAUUUCGGACCGAUCGAAACGUCAGCUUACAGGAACCGAGUAAUCAAACGGUAUGGCCUGUUAAUCACCUGUCUCGUCACCCGCAAUGUUUAUGUAGAAAUGGAGCAGUCGAUGUCAACACCGGAUUUUCUCUACGGUCUACGGCGUUUCAUCGGAGAAUUCACGAAGCCAACUGAAAUCUUCUGUGAUAACGGGACAAACUUUGUGGGAGCUGAGAAGGAGCUGGCCACAGCAUUUCGUGAGUUGCAAAAGGACGGAAAGUUGAAGGAGUUUGCGCGAGAGCGCUCAAUCAUCUGGAAAUUCAAGCCACCUAGUGCUCCACAUUUCGGCGGAUCACACGAAUCAAUGGUCAAAUCAACAAAGAGGGCGCUCUACAGGGCGCUGGAUACGGAAAAAGCCGGAUUGCGCUAUCCGACGGACGAAAUGCUCAGAACGCUACUGAAGGAAGUGGCGGGCAUGCUGAACGGGAGACCUCUGACGCUGGCUAGCAACGACCCAGAAGACUUCAGACCAAUCACACCAAAGGAUUUCUUGAAUCUGCCACCAACGUCGGAUCUUUCGGCCGGAGACAUCCGUCGCGCUCUGCCCCGUGACCAUAUUCGUUACGUGAAGAAGAUGGCCAAUUUAUUUUGGGACCUGUGGACCAAGAUUUUCCUCCCGACGCUGUGGAAGACGGGCCGAAUCAUCGAAGUUUAUCCCGGUUCCGACGGCUUUGUUCGAGUCGUAAAAGUGAAAACGGACUGCGGAGAAUAUUUGAGACCAAUCCAUCGUCUAGUUCUACUGGAACCUUACUCGGCCGUCCUUCCGUCGGCCUCGGGGGAGAAUGUUCCAGAGAAAAAGAAGGCUUAA